AUGGAGGAGGCCACGCGACAGCACUUUUUUCACCACAGCGAACCGGGCCACAUUAGAGAGAAGCAGAACUGCCAUUUCUGCCAGAUCCGUGCCUUCGCAACCCAUGCUCGCUUUCCCGUCACCAUCGUCAACACCGAAGAUGAAGCCGUGCUCGACCCUCACUUCCGAUUCGUCGAACAUUCCGUGCUGGGCAAGGGUGUGGAACCAACUAGGAGAGAGUUCCUUACCGGCUGCGAGUGUGUCGACGGAGAGGAUUGCCAGUACAGCACCUGCAAUUGCCUGCAGGACGUCGGCGACAGCUCCGACGAGGACGAGAACUCCGACCCCACCUACGCCGAGCGCGGUCGCAAGAAGACCUACGCCUACCACUCGCACGGCGCCAAGGCCGGCCGGCUGCGUUCGGGGAUACUCACGUCGCGCCACCCCAUCUACGAGUGCCACGAGAGCUGCGCGUGCGGCCCGGACUGCCCAAACCGGGUGGUGGAGCGGGGCCGCAAGGUGCCGCUGCAGAUCUUCCGGACGACGAACCGCGGGUGGGGCGUCAGGAGCACGGCGGACAUCAAGAAGGGCCAGUUCGUCGACAAGUACAUGGGGGAGAUCAUCACGGCGGAGGAGGCGAACCGGCGGCGGGCCCAGUCGCACAUCGCCCAGCGCAAGGACGUGUACCUGUUCGCGCUCGACAAGUUCUCGGACCCGGACUCGUUCGACGAGCGGCUGCGCGGCGCGCCGCUCGAGGUGGACGGCGAGUUCAUGUCGGGGCCGACGCGGUUCGUCAACCACUCGUGCGAGCCGAACCUGCGCAUCUUCGCCCGCGUCGGCGACCACGCCGACAAGCACAUACACGACCUGGCCCUGUUCGCAGUCCGGGACGUGCCCAAGGGGGAGGAGCUGACGUUCGACUACGUCGACGGAAUCGACGACUCGGAGAAGGACGCGCUCGACCCGGAGAAGCGGAAAGACAUGACGCGUUGCCUCGCGGCCUCGCCCUCGGCGCGAGCCAUCAACUCGCCGCCGCCACCCUUGGCCACACCCCAUCAGCAUCCCUCUGGCAACGGCACCGACGAUAGUGCGCCUCCCUCGCGGGGCAUGACCCGUUCCCACCUGCCUUCUCACUCGCACUCGCACCGCCACCACCACCAUGCCCCCCUGUCUCAGCACAUAGACAAGCCCUUGCGCCGGCACGAGUGGGUCGCGCGCGACCGCCUCUGGACUCGUGCCCAGCUCGACACGGAGCGUGCCGACUUCUUCGAUACCAGGGUCACCGGCCGCCCCGAGGUGUGGCAGGUGCUACAUGCCGCGCUGGAGGUCAUGUGGGAGGCCGACGCGAGGCGUACUACCGACGUAGCUCCCGGAACGGAAAUCGGGGGCGACGACGACGGCGCCGGCGGACUAGCUACGGCACAGAGCAUACUUAAGGCCGCCGAGGUGACGCUGCCGACAGGCGACCUAUCGAACGGCGUAUACGACUCGUUAGGUAACUACUACGCCCUGCCCGAGUGGAUCGUCAGCGACCCCGUGAACGUGCCCGAGGAGAGGGUCGGUGUGCAGGAGCACCAGGAACCGAAGAGGAAGCCGAAGGAGAGGCACAGCCAUGGCGACGACGACGGUACCGCCGGGAAGGACGACGAAGAUAUGACCGAUGAGGAGGACACUGCUGGUGAGGAACUGGACGAGGACGAGGCGAUACGACGGAGAGAAGAGAAGGGCAAGGCGGUCGCCGACGUCCGGGACAUGGUCAAGGUGCGCGCACGACUGAGCGAUAACCUGCCGGAUGUGAUCAUCAGCGUCACCCCCGAGGAAAGCGUGAGGAGCGUCGCCAGGAAGGUUAUCGAGGAGUCCGGGUUGCCGUCAACCAAGCGCGUCCGCAUAGCCUAUAUGGGCAAGAUUCUGAAAGAGAACACGUCGCUGCAGGGCCAGGGCUGGAAGAAUGGCCACGUGGUGAACGCACUGGUGUUCAACCGGUAG